AUGAGAACCCGCCGGUAUAAACGGAAAGAGGAAACACCUCCACCUUCAGCAAAACAACAACAACAAGACAAAGAAGAAAAAGAAGGAGAAGAAGAAAAUCAGGAGCAACAUAUACACGAACAGCAAGAGUUUCUUGCCUACGCACAGCACCAACUCGCUGUGCAGUGCUGUCGGGCACACGCACGUCUGACGGCCUGCACCGGCCCCGCGUUUCUCUCACUCGCCCGCGAUGAGUGCAGUGCCCACGAGAACGCCUAUCGUUCCGUCCGCAGCGCCAUCGCCGCCUCCUGUGCGCUUGGCCACCGCUCCUGCCACGCACUGUGGGGCCCGCGCGGCUGCGGCGAACACCGUAUUCUCCGCCUCGUCGCACAAGAGUGCAUGCAACGGGAACAGACACUCGUGCUUUAUCUUGACGGGGAUACAUUGAACAGUGAUGAGGACGCACUCCGCUGCACCGCCCAGCAGUUGUUACAAUUUCUUAAAAGUCCACAGUCAGCAAAACUUCGAGCAGCAGAUUGGUCCUUGCGUACAGGGACAUUUGAUUUUGGGAAUCUAUUUGGUUUUCAUAAACUUUUACAGUCAGAAGAAGAAGAAAAAGGUGGUGAUGCAAGUAGUGGGGCGGGUAGUGACAAUGAUGAAUUAAUAGGACGUCAUAAAUCUGCGAACGGUCAACUAAAAAGAACACGUACAGAGAAUCAGGAAUCAAGUAAAAAAGAAACUACAAAGCGAGGUCGCGAUUCUACAGUUAUUUCUUCUCGUCCUUCUGCUGCUACUACUACUACUACUACUACUGCCACAGGUUCAGAAAAUGAAGAUGAAUGCUCUGAUGAUGAAGAUAUGGACCCACUUUUGGUGACUUCCACAACAGCUUAUGCUGGUGGUGGAGCAUCAAGUGCUUUACCUGCUUUGCAACGUUCUCUUCUUUUAAUGAAAAGUUAUGGUACAAAUCUUGUGGUUUGUAUUCGUCGUGUAGAGAGAUUUGGUAUUUGGUGUGAUCAGUUACUCUAUGUACUUUCCGGUCUUAUGCAUGAGAGUGAUGGUCGUGGUGGUGGGAUGUCACUCGUGAUGACGUCAUCUACGCCGGAUAUUAGGCAACUUGAAAAACGACUCUCCAGUCGGCUUACAUGUGAGACUCGGUGUAUCCCACUUCUUCCAUGGAGUGCAACUCGAGUGGCUCGGGCUUGUCUCGUAGAGAUUAAGGAACGUUUGCAACAUAAUAUAGAAAAAAUGACUGUGAAAACGAAAAGAAAAACUAAUCAGAAGAAAGGACGUGAAGAAAAUUCAUUGAAUGAUGAAAAUAACUACAUAAAUAAACCUUUUACAGGAUGGUGCUUUGAUGUUAUAAGUGCAUCAAAAGAGCAGUUACAGCAUCAGAACCUGGAUCAUCAGCAGCAAGUACAUGAGGGUAAAGUGGAACUACAAAAUGGCUUAAAUGAUAAUUUAGUAGGUGGUGAUUCAACUCAACUUUUACAAGAAUCAAUGCUAGAGAUUGUAAACGUUGUCAUUAAUGAAUUAGAUUCUGUUGAUCCUGCUGCUGCUUUUACAGCUGAUUCUGAGGGGAGACAAAAGUCAACAGAUGAUAAUUUAUUUGCUUGGCGGAUUGCACGAAUAUCUGGUCAAUUGCAAAGUAUAGGCGCUACAGCGGGACGUGUUAUGGCGGCAGUCGCCAGCGCAUUUGCUGAAGUUUCUUCUGGACGUUUGAUUUUACUUGAUAAAACCAGUCAUGAAUCUGUUUUUUCAUGGCUUAAACUUCGUUUGGUAAGGGAAGGACGAUAUAACUUCUUUAGUAGAAGUUUGUCAACUGCACCAGAUGCCGUACGUGCUCAAUGGGUAACAGAAAUUUCAAGAAAUCCUUCUAGAAAAAGAAAUAUACAGAGUAUAACAGUGUUUCCCUCUUCUUGUGAACAUCACCUUCUUUUUGGUGAUAUGUUCUCUGAUUGCCGUCUUGUAGAAUUGGGAUAUUGUACACGUGAGAUGAUACUUAUUCUCGCAUAUGUUUAUCUUCGUCAUGAAGGAGGUGUAUCACGGACAGUAGUGGACCUACUGGAAGAUGUAGCUUCAUCUAUGGGAACAGCAGCUGCAGCUGCUUUGGAUCGCUCCGCAUUUCGUAGUGCUGUUGCGGCUCUUCACCGCUGGCGAAUUCUUCGUGUUGCUGGGCGGGACGGUACUGGUCUAGUCUCGUUGCGUGGCACCCCGGCAAGACUGCGUGAGUUUCUUCAAACAGUUUUGAACCGCAGUGACUAUUGUAGCUCCAUCCUUGGGUUAGAGGCAAGAGAUGUUGCCCGUCUUCGAAGUCUCAUUUAA